UUCUCGCGGCGCCGGCGGUGCCGAGGCCGCUUUUUGCGGCCGCCGUUCUCAAGUCCGCGGAGCUUAGAGAGGCCUUGAGCUGGGUCCGCGGAAUCGGUGGCAUUGACCCGGCCCUCGACGUCCUUGGGGAGAGGAGGGUGCUCCUUUGCUUGGUCUCAGGCGGCGGCCGGAGCAGCUCUGCCUCUCGGACCUCCCUUCCUGCGUCCCCGGUGACGGACGAAAAGUUCGCUUGGAAUUUUGAUUCACCGAGUGACCUUGAGCUCAGGGCGACGCAUACCUUGUAGGGCUGCACUCGGCUAUUCAGGAGGCACCAUGGUCUGUGCUGCUGUCGCGGUCCCUGGGCUGUUGCGAAGCUCUGCUGGGACCGUCCGCACCCCGGCUGCCUCGCUGAGGCUGACAGCCAGUGCUUUGCGCCACCUGACUCUAGCAAGCAUAAUGAAAUCCAAAAGGAAAACUGAUCACUUGGAGAGAACUGCCAAUGUCGUUCGUCGGGAGAUGGUGUCGGCUGCUAAGGUGUGUGGGGCCGCUAAUGAGUCGCCAUCAGUGAAGAGGCUCUGCCUGCAUGUUGCUGAUAAAGACUUUUCUUUUAAAGCUGGCCAGUGGAUUGAUUUCUUUAUCCCAGGAGUCUCUGUGGUUGGUGGGUUCUCAAUAUGCUCCAGCCCCAGACUACUAGAACAAGAGAGAAUGAUAGAAUUGGCAGUGAAAUAUGCGAACCACCCUCCUGCUCUCUGGAUUCACAAUCAGUGUACACUUGACUCUGAAGUGGCCGUGAGAGUGGGUGGAGAGUUCUUCUUUGACCCGCAGCCUGCAGAUGCCUCUAGAAACCUCGUGCUGAUUGCAGGAGGGGUCGGAAUUAACCCCCUGCUCUCCAUCCUGCGGCACGCGGCCGACCUCCACAGAGAACGGGCCCACAGAGGGAGCGGCUACGAGAUGGGGACGACAAAGCUGUUCUACAGUGCCCAGAAUACCAGUGAGCUCCUGUUUAAGAAAAAUAUCCUCGAUUUAGUAAAUGAAUUUCCUGAGAAGAUUGCGUGCAGUUUGCAUGUUACGAAACAGACAGCCCAAAUCAGUGCAGAACUCAAGCCAUACGUCACGGAAGGAAGAAUAACGGAGAAGGAGAUAAGAGAUCAUAUUUCACAAGAGACUUUGUUCUAUAUUUGUGGCCCACCUCCCAUGACGGACUUUUUCUCCAAGCAACUGGAAAACAGCCACGUUCCCAAAGAACACAUUUGCUUUGAGAAGUGGUGGUAGGGAGCGGGCAAAGAUAGAAAAGAGAAAGCUGUGAAAUCUACCCAGGACAGCAACAGAGCUAUGAUUUGUGGCACGACAAAUUUACCUCUGCUCAGCUUUUUUUUUUUUUUUUUUUUAAGGCUGAACUAAGUGACCAGCUGGAGCAUAAAAGAAAAACCAGCUGACAGACUUAGAUGAUAAAUUUUUUACAAAGACUUCAUUGAUUCAAUUAUUUUUUACUUUAUUGAUUUUCUUUUAUUAAUAACUGAUUAUCUCAUGAUAUAUCUUGAAUUGGUCAAUAUAGGUUUUCUUUCCUCUUAGGGAAAAAAGAGACAUAGACUUUAAUCAUAUAAGAAUGCUGUUUUGUGUGUAAAAUGUAAGCUAUCUUCAUUUGAUAGCAACCUUUAUAUCUUGUGCUCAAUAAACUUAUAAUUUA